AACUGAACUGCUAACAUGUCUGGAAGAGGAAAGGGAGGUAAAGGACUUGGUAAAGGAGGUGCUAAGCGACACCGUAAAGUCCUCCGUGAUAACAUCCAGGGAAUCACCAAGCCCGCUAUCCGCCGUCUGGCUCGUCGUGGUGGAGUCAAACGUAUCUCUGGUCUCAUCUACGAGGAGACUCGUGGUGUGUUGAAGGUGUUCCUGGAGAAUGUUAUCCGUGAUGCCGUCACCUACACCGAGCAUGCCAAGAGGAAGACCGUCACCGCCAUGGAUGUGGUUUACGCUCUGAAGAGACAGGGACGCACUCUGUACGGCUUCGGAGGUUAAACCUGAUCCUGACCCACUCACACUGAAACCCAAAGGCUCUUUUAAGAGCCACACACUUCAUCUCAGAAGUCGUUCCUUACCAAAUAGAAUCAAUUGUAAUCGGAACUUUAGUCUACCGUCUGAUAAACCCAAUUAGGAGCGAUGUCUGUUGCAAAUGCACUUGCAUAACCAAAAUUACAUGUCAUGUUUUUAUCUCCCCUAGCUUAUAACUGAUGUAUCUAACCAUUAAUUGUGAUAAUGAAUUUGCUUCAUCUAGCAGUCUA